AAGAGCGAAGGCCGGUAUCGCGCGGAAUUCGUCUUCCGCUUUUUCAUUGUUCGCGGGAAACUGAGCAUUUCUGAAUAAAACACCUACCCUGCAGGAGCUAUGACUCUUUUCCACCAUGUUAUUGAUCGAGGCGUUAUUAAAAAAAGAUGUAAUGCAGGUCAGCGUGGGCUCUAUCCGCUGUCCUCUCUGCUGGACGGGUACCAGUGCGCGCGACGGGACGAACACAUCUCAUACGGAGCCUCGGCUGCUGCUGUGCCGCCGUUUGGAUGCACAUUUUCCUCCGCUCCUGCUCAACAGAACAGCCUUGCUGCUGCAAACGAGGAAGGGUUUGUGACCAUCUUCAGUACUGGAGAAAAACAGAGCUCUGUGCUGAAAGAGUGGCAAGCACAUGAUAAUGCAGUGUUUGAUAUUGCCUGGGUUCCUGGUGCAAACAGUUUGGUAACGGCAUCUGGUGACCAAACGGCCCGUCUGUGGGAUGUUAUUACUGGUGACCUGUUAGGAACAUUUAAAGGACAUCAGUGCAGUCUCAAAUCAGUGGCUUUUUCCAAGCAAGAGAAAGCUGUUUUUAGCACUGGAGGCAGAGAUGGGAACAUAAUGAUUUGGGACACAAGAUGCAGUAAAAAAGAUGGUUUCUACAGGCAGGUAAAACAGAUCAGUGGUGCCCACAUGAAACCUGAGAAAUACACACCCCAAAUGAAGAAACGGCGUGGGAUGGCGCCCCCUGUGGACUCCCAGCAGGGUGUGACGGUGGUUUUGUUCUGCGAUGAGAACAAACUCAUCUCCUCAGGAGCAGUAGAUGGGAUCAUUAAAAUGUGGGAUUUGCGGAAGAGCUACACUGCAUACUACCAGAACCCGCUCCCUCUGCAGGCCUAUCCUUACCCGGGCUCCUGCACACGCAAACUAGGUUAUUCUGGUCUGUCACUGGACUCCACUGGCUCCAGACUGUUCUCCAACUGUACAGAUGACAAUAUCUACAUGUUCAACAUCAGUGGUUUGAAAACAACUCCAGUUGCUGUGUUCAGCGGUCACAGUAACUCCUCGUUUUAUGUGAAGUCCAGUGUCAGCCCAGAUGACCAGUUCCUGGCCAGUGGUUCAAGUGACCAUCAUGCUUAUAUAUGGAAGAUUUCAGACCCGAAACAAGCUCCCAUGAUGCUUCAAGGCCAUAGUCAGGAAGUCACAUCAGUGGCCUGGUGCCCCACUGAUUUCACCAAGAUUGCUUCCUGCUCUGAUGACAACACUGUUAGGAUCUGGCGCUUGAAUCGCAGACCAGACGGAGAAAACUUAUCGAACCGAGAUCCAAACCUCGUAGGCUGGACACUUCGUAAAAUCCAGUCACCACCCAGAGUACCUGGCCCUUACAGCCCUGUUGAAGUCACUCCAGCCAAAGGUCCUGGAUCAGAGAGGGUCGUCUCUCUUGCUUCACCCCAGCCUGCUGCUUGCGCCCCCACGGGUGCUGAUUUACCCCUGCCUUCAAACACAUCUGCACCUUCGGCCAAGGUCAGCAGCCCCAAAAUGCCCUCGUCCAUCCAGCAGUGGAUCAGCCGUGGUGUAUCUCCCUUUCGUAAGGUGCUCACACCUGUCCUCCAGGGCCCUUCCUCUGAACGUCGCGCAAAGCGACGACUGGAAACAGAUGAUGUGUCUGGUUUGGGAGAGGAGAGUGACGGGGUGUCUGAACUGUAUCCUGAUGUAAAGAGGAGCAGGAUUUCAGAAAGCACACAGAACGAGAAAGCUGAUCUAUUCAGUUUGCAAACAGAGGACAGGCUCAGCUCGGCUGGACAAGCUGGCACUGGCAAAGAGAACAGCUCUCCGAAGACUGAUUGGCUUUCUGUGAUCAGCCAGAGAUUUAAAGGAUCAGCUCAACCAAAAAGCCCCAACGGCAGCAGCAAACGACACGAUGCAAGAACACACAGCUCUCCAGCAGCAGUAUCACCGUGUCCAAUAAGAGUCGUCUCUCCACCACCAACCAAGAAAGCAUCACCAUCCAGACCCAUUAAAAAAAUCUCUUGCUAUUUUGUGAAAAGAAGCCAAGACUGAUCAGUGUGGCAAGAUCUCCGAGUCUGUCUCAUGACACAUCUGUGUUUAAAUUCAGGUCUGUUUUUUUUAGACCAAGCUUAUGUAUUUAUGUAUGUGAUGUGUAUAUAAUCUUUUUUUUAACCAUUUUUUUAAUAUAAGUUUCAAAAAGGGUCAUAGUGAUGAUCGUUUUGGUAAAGUUACAAAACUUGUCAUUCGACAAUGCAAUAAAACUACAAGUUUUCUGAGGCUUCCACGUCUAUCUGUAAUGGAUUGAAAAUAGUUUUGAGCUUAGUACAUGAUUCAGUACGCAUUUUAAAGUAACUGCAUUUAUAUCAAAUUCUAGGUAAAUCUUCAGAGCAUAUUUUUAUUUUGACUUUCCAAAACGGUGAUGCCCUUUCAAUGUGUCUGACCCUGAACGUGGGUCACAUUUUCAGAUCUUUAUUGAUUAUAAAAAGCACUUUACAUAAGAAAUCCAUUUUCAAUUAGCUCGGUGCAUUUUAGUUAUUGAUUAUCUAUAGUGCCGUGAGUUUUGCAAUGAUUUAAACACUUUACAUCCUUAACGUGGGCUGUUUCUUAAGUUUGCAGGUUUGUCUGGAAUGUAACUUGACCUGAUAGUCAGGCUUUUGUGGUUUGAUCCUGCUUGUUCUUGUCUUGCUGCUGUGUUUUGCCUCAGGUUUUUAGCAUAGUUGGACAAAACUAUUUAACUUUUGGAUUCGAGACGUUCAGUUUUAGGUAUAAUAACCCAUUUUAAAUAAAAAUAUGCAAUUGUUUACUUUAAUUUGUUAACCUAGAAAUGAAAAUUGUAAUUUCAAACCUAUAUGAUUUUUAUUUUUUCUUUGUAAUGGAGUUAUGUAAAAUGCAUGGAAAAAACGAUGCAUGUCCAUCACUAUCAUACAUCUAUUUUUGUGUUCCACAGAAGAAACCGAGUCCUAUAGGUUUGGAACGGGCUGAGCUUUGAGCAUUUGGUUUUAUUG